GGCAGCUGGUUCCUUUAGGGAUUAGGUCCUGAGAGGCGGUCUCAGAAGUGAGACCCGUUCCUCUUCAUCUUCGCUGAAUCUUUCAGGUCCACGGACUGAGAAAACGUCUCCACCGUCAUGGGAGGCGGAGAUCUGAACCUGAAGAAGAGCUGGCACCCACAGACCCUUCGAAAUGUGGAGAAAGUGUGGAAGGCAGAGCAGAAGCAUGAGGCCGAGCGGAAGAAGAUCCAGGAGCUGCAGCGGGAGCUCAGGGAGGAGAGAGCUCGGGAAGAGAUGCAGCGCUAUGCUGAGGAUGUUGGGGCUGUCAAGAAGAAAGAAGAAAAGUUGGACUGGAUGUACCAGGGUCCUGGUGGGAUGGUGAACCGUGAUGAGUACCUGCUGGGUCGCCCCAUUGACAAGUAUGUUUUUGAGAAGAUGGAGGAGAAGGAAGGAGGCUGUUCUUCUGAGACGGGACCUCCAGGCUCUAUCUUUGCCCCUUCGGGUGCCAGUUCCCUUCUUGACAUGGCCAGCAAAAUCCGGGAAGAUCCUCUCUUCAUCAUCAGGAAGAAAGAGGAGGAGAAAAAAAGAGAGGUACUGAACAAUCCUGUGAAAAUGAAGAAAAUAGAGUUGUUGCAAAUGAGUUUGGAAAAAAAGGAGAAAAAGAAAAAGAAGGAGAAGAAAAAGAAGCACAAGAAACACAAACACAGAAGCUCCAGUAGUGAUCGCUCCAGCAGCGAGGAUGAGCACAGCCAGUGCAGAUCGCAAAAGAAGAUGGCAAAUUCCUUUCCUGUUUUGUCCAAAGUCCCCGGAUAUGGCUUACAGGUGAGGGACUCUGACCGUGACCAGGGGCUGCAGGGCUCUGUGAUGGCUGAGCAAAGGGGCAUGAAGAACCAUUCCCGCUCAAGAAGCUCCUCCCACUCCCCUCUCAGACAUGUCAGCAGGAAGAGCUCCAAGGAAGAGAGGUCCCGGGACAGGAGGUCUCGAUCCCUGGGCAGAAGAUCAUGGUCUCCAAGGCCCAGCAAACCGCAUGCCUCUAAGGUAAACAGGAAAGAGAGAGAUAGCCCAUCACCUAAAAAGGAGGUCUACCAGAGGCGGCAUGCUUCCGGAUACACCAGAAAACUGUCGGCAGAGGAACUGGAGCGGAAACGGCAGGAGAUGAUGGAAAAUGCAAAGUGGAGGGAGGAGGAGAGGCUCAGCACCCUCAGGAAACACGCCAAGGAAGAUGAGCGGGAGCGCAGACUGGAGAAGUUAGACUCUCGCUCUGGCAAGUUCAUCCAGCACAUGAAGCUGGAAAGUGCAUCUACUUCCUCCCUGGAGGACCGGGUGAAGCGCAACAUCCAUUCUCUGCAGCGAAUGUCAAUAGCUCUGGAGAAGAACUUCAUGAGAAGAUGAAAACUAGUUUCUCUUACUGGUUUUCCUGAAUUCUCCAGGGAGGCUGCUAACUCCUAAAAUUCUCUUUAUAAGAGUUCAAAUAGCUUCUUCUACAGAUGAAAACCACCACUGUUCAAAGUGUCCCUUGUCCAUUGCCUCCUGAAACAUGGUACAUUCUUUAAAAACCAAUGUGACUUGAUUUGGAGACCCUCGGGAACAUUGGCUGGCUGCACUGUGGGCUUUGACUGUGUUUUAAUGGAUGGGCACUGGGCUGUCUUGGAAAGCUUGGCUGCUUGUCACACCUCUUCCCUCCCAUCGGAACCAGUGGAUCAGACCUUCCAGAGACCCCUUUCCACGGCCACCCAAGUAGAUAGACUCUGCAUACUGGGAUAAAUGAGCAUUGACCUUAGUAGAUUUUAUGACAGAAUAGCCAAGUGUCAGGGAGAGACAAGAGAAUGUCAAAAAACUGGAAGAUAUAA